AUGGCGGCCACCGCCCUGGCAGUUGCGCAGUCUGUCGUGGUUGUUGCAGAAGCAGACAACGGGCUGGGCCAGCACCUGGAUGAUCUGCGCCGCGAUCAUGUCACGUAUGUCCUCAAGUAUGACGCUGGCCAAAUUAUCCGCCAUCACGACACUCUGGGUGCUCGCGCCGCUGUAUCACAGACGCACCGUCAUCGUCACCUGCUCCUUCAUCGUCCUCUGGGCGUUGACGUCGAUCGUUCCGGCCCUUUUGCAGUGCGGGAUACCGAUUCCGUGGGAUUACAUGUCCGGCCAAUGUUUCCAGCGGGUAUGCUUGGGAGAAUCCCCGCGAGCGGUGUGCCGAUAUUGACUACUGUGCAGGCUGCCUUUUGGAUAUACGUCGCCGUCGGCGACAUCGCGACUGACGUUGCCAUUGUCACCAUCAUGCUCACCAUUUCCUUCAACCUCCAGCUACCAAUGUCGAAAAAGAUGCUGGUAGGAGGUGUAUUUGGGAGUCGCAUCUUAGUCACGCCAGCAAUCAUCGGCCACAUGGUCGUCUUUCACGACAUCAUCGACAAGGGCGACGCAACGUUCCACAUGGCGCUGCCCACCAUCCUGGCGCAGCUCGUGCAGUGCCUGAGCAUCUGCCGGAGAAUCGUGACCGCCUGCGCGCCGUACCUGAAGCCGUUCCUCGACAGCUUCAAGUCCGGCGCCAUGAUUGCGGUCGACGCCUCGUCGCAGAACACGGGGGCCAAGAGCAAGAGCGGCAGCGGCAAAUACGCAGCCGCGGCGUCGGCGCAGAACAGCAAGCAGCGGCGCGAUUCACUCUUGGGGCGAGGAGCGUCGCGCAGAGGCGACGGCGACAUUGAGCUGGGGAGCAUUCCUGCUUCCAAGACGGCCACGACGGUGACGGCGAACCAGGACGUCAGCGCCGAGGGCUGGGACAGACGCAGCCAUACGAGCCAGACGGUGCUGGUGCAGCAGUCCUGGCAGGUGGACAUUGAGGCCAAGUCGCCGAUCGCGGGCAGGAGAGAAAAAGCCGGGCGUGGCAACAACACCAUCACCGUCGUCAUCAUCACCAUCGUGUGCCUCGCUCGUCACCAGGUUCAUGUCACAAUGAGUGUACGACGAGAGGGCCAUGUCCUCGACGACAUGACGGGAAGCAAGUCUGCUAACCCUACCAUUACCAAUGCAUCCCAGAAAGACCUCCACGACCGCCAUCAGUUGGCACGGCUGGGCAAGAAGUCGGUCCUCAGGCGCAACUUUGGCUUCCUGUCCACCGUCGGCUUCAGCUGCGCCGUCCUCAUCACCUGGGAGGGCACGCUGAUGAGCUUCGCGCCCGGCCUUCUCAACGGCGGCUCCGCGGGCCUCAUCUGGGGGUUCCUGAUCGUCUGGCUGUGCAACAUCAGCGUCUUCACCACGCUCUCGGAGCUCCUCUCCAUGGCUCCCACCUCGGGCGGCCAGUACCACUGGGUGGCCAUGCUGGCGCCUCGCUGGUGCUCCAAGUUCCUCAGCUACGUCACCGGAUGGUUGACGAUAGGCGGCUGGCAGGGCGCGUGUGCGUCGGUCGGAUACCUCACCGGCACCAUGAUCCAGGGCCUGGUGGCCUUUAACCAUCCGCACUACGCGCCGCAGUCGUACCAGGGGACGCUGAUGCUGUGGGCGGUGGUGAUCCUCGCCGUGCUGUGCAACACGGUGCUGAGCGCUCACCUCCCCAAGCUGGAGGGCAUGCUGCUCGUCGUGCAUAUCAUAGGUUUCUUUGCCAUUAUUAUUCCGCUCGGUACUUUUGGAGCCCAUGGGAAUGCGAAAGACGUCUUUACUACGUUCCACAAUGGCGGGAACUGGUCGACCCAGGCUCUGUCUAGCUUCAUCGGAAUCAUGUGCGAAGAAGUUCGAAACCCAUCGCUUGUCGUCCCGCGGUCCAUCAUAAUCAGUAUCCUGAUUAAUGGUUCUCUCGGCCUUUCCAUCAUCAUCGCCAUGGCCUUUUGCAAUUCCGACAUUGAGGCGGCGUUGGCAUCGCCCUCUGGCUAUCCGUUCAUGGAAAUCUUCUACCAAGCGCUGGGCUCACGAUCGGGCACCACGGUCAUGGCCUCCAUCAUCAUCUUCAUGACUCUCGCCUCCGUCAUUGGUGUCAUUGCCACGACGUCGCGGAUGUUCUGGGCGUUUGCCCGAGACCGUGGCCUGCCCUUCUGGCGCACCCUGUCAAAAGUUGACUCUACUACUUGUGUUCCGGUCUGGGCCAUCCUCACCACGAGCACCAUAUCCUGCCUCCUUGGUCUCAUCAACAUCGGCUCACAGGUCGCUUACAACGCCCUCGUUUCUCUCUCCAUCUCCUCGCUGUAUUCGUCAUACCUCAUAGCCGCGGGUUUACUUCUGUAUCGUCGCUGCACUACGGGUUUCAGCAUGCCUGACCCGUCUUCUCUUCCGGCUCUGGCGGAGACGACGGGCAAGGAGUUGGUUUGGGGGCCAUGGCAUCUUCCAGGUAUUGGAGGCAUUAUUAACAACGUCAUCACUUGCGUUUACCUGAGCAUUAUUUUAUUCUUCAGCUUCUGGCCGCCCUCUUCGGAGGUUACGCCAGAAACCAUGAACUUUAGUGUACUGAUUACAGGGUCUUUGGUAUUAUUUAGUAUUGUGUACUAUCUAGUUUGGGCCAAGAAGGACUACAAGGGCCCUCUUCUGGAAACCUAG